AUGACACCAAAGGAUACAGUCGACACUUAUAAAGGGACAGACGUCCUUAACACUCAACAGCAUCUCCAGACACGUUUAAAGACGUCCAAGAGCUUUACUACCUGGAAUGAAUCCACUGCCUCCUCCACCUCCUCCUCCUCUACCCCCUCUUCACCUGAAAGACACAGGAAACGUCAACGCACCUCGUCAGUCCUCAGUGAGUGUGAGGUCUCUCCUAAGAAGACCAAGAAAAAACGUCUACGCUGGUCUACCAUCACUAUCCACGAGUUUGGCGUUGGAUUGGGCGGCAGCUCAGUACCCGGCAAGGGCGGUCCCUCCAUUGGUCUGAGCGACAAGCCCGAGUUUACGUGGACUACUAAAGUAGGGCAAAUGGCAGAGUGCGUUGAGGGCGUACACCGCUUCACACCCGAUGAGCGUGUGCAGUUACUGCAAACCGCCGGCGUGAGCGAGGGCAUGAUCCUGCGGUUCUCGCGGGAAACGAACAUCAUCAAUCGCUCGCGUCGGAGGACACUCAUCGAGGACUUUGCCGAGCGGAAAGAAGCCAAGAAGCAUCAGCGACACCUGCAGAUGAAAUCGUCUCGCUCCGUACUCGAGCGUCCGUGUUCCUCUUCUUUCCUCAAUCGCCCACAUAUGAUCCCGGUCAACUACGUGUAA